UCCGAAUCGCGAGCGGCCGGCCGAUCAGUCCGGAUCGGCCCUUCGAGCGCUGAAGGACGGCGUCCCGAGGAAGUCCCGAUAGUAUCGCAGAAGACAUCGAGUGCCCCGUCCCGAAGAAAUGCGCCCGCUAGGCGACAAAUGAUGGCCAAUCUACAGCGCUUCGGUGUCCUGUUGGUGAUCCUUUUCCUGGGCGAUUUCGUCGAAUCGAUCAAGUGGCUUUCCCUGCAGCACUCGCACCUCCAAUGGAACCUGUCGCUGGCCAGCCACCCGGGCAGAGGCAUCCGCUCGGGCACCAGCUCCCCCUGCACCAUAGCCCGCAGGCGGUACGGCUUCGUCAAGCAGCAGGCGAAGCUCUGCAGGCACUCGGUGGAGGUGAUGCCCCACGUCCAGGCGGCCGCCGUCCUCGCAGCGGACACCUGCAGGACCGUCUUCAGGCAGCGCCGCUGGAAUUGCUCGUCGAUCGGCAUGGCGCCCGUCCUGCCGCCCGACCUCACCAGAGCCACGCGCGAGCAAGCCUACGUGUACGCCAUCAGCUCGGCCGCCUUGACGUACACGAUGGCGCGGGCCUGCUCGAGCGGCGGCCUGCACCAGUGCACGUGCGCAGCCAAGCCGGCGGCGGCGCCGGCCGGCGGCCAGUUCCAAUGGGGCGGCUGCGGCGACAACGUCCAAUGGGCCGUCCAAUUCGCCAGGCGGUUCAUCGACAACGUGGAGAAGCACGCGCUGGAGAAGCGCUCCAACGGCGCAGCGGCCAAUUUGCACAACAACAGAGUCGGCAGAAAGGUGAUGGUGGAGAGCUUGAGGACGCAGUGCAAAUGCCACGGGGUGUCGGGGUCGUGUAACAUCAAGACGUGCUGGAGGGCGCUGCCCGCGAUGGCCGAGAUUGGCGCGAGGUUGCUGGAGAAGUACACGAACGCGGUGGAGGUGAGCGAAGGGAGCAUCGCCGAGGAGGUCGCCGAGGAGAGGGCGCCGAAGAAGGCGAAGCGGGCCGUCGGGACGCAGCUGCUGGUGUACCUAUCGAAAUCGCCGGAUUAUUGCACCAAGGACGAGGCGCUGGGGAGCUUCGGAACGGUCGGGAGGCAUUGCAACGUGUCGUCGAGCGGGCCGGAGAGCUGCAGGCAAUUGUGCUGCGGAAGGGGCUACCGCACCGUCGUGGAGGAGAAGAUCGAGAGGUGUCAAUGUAAAUUCUACGAUUGUUGUUACGUCAAGUGCAAAAUUUGCAGGACGAAAAGUCAGAUAUACGAAUGUUUGUAGAAUGCAGCGAGAAUAAUGUAACCUCCUGUUUUUUGUCCGUUUAAAUGUCUCCACUUAGAAGUAUAGGGACAGUUCGAAAAGCUAAUUCGUAGUGGAAUUAGAAUUGAGCGUUAAUUAGUCGUGCUUAAGCUUCAAAACCGUUUAACGAAAGCCUAUUGUGUAUUUUUUGUAACACUUUAAACCUGUAAUUAAAACUCUUUAUAAUCGGCUUUUAAAUCGAAAUAAUCGAAUCGCAUUGAUUGAUUAUUAUGUAGAAUACGCUACUACAUUUUUUUUAGAACCAAUUUGGUGUUUUUUUACUUAAUCGUGUUCAAUGCAAAAAUUGUAACAAGCCUUAAGACUUACAUAUUUAUUAAAUUAGUCUUAUGAUAAACAUAAUUUAAGACAUGUAAAUAUCACUCUUACAAAUUACUUAAUUAUGUACAUAAUUUAUCUAGUUAUCAUAAUUCCGAAUGUAAAUCAGUUCCAGCUGUAACAAACAAUGUUUGGUAUUAAUAAAUUUUUUCAGAUACUAAAAACCCGACCGGUUCGUAAAGUUAAUAUUACUUCACUCACCUUUUUCAGUAACAUCGUGUUCAGCAGGAUCGGCGUCCAUCAACCCAGAAUCGAUUUUCUUCUGCAACGCCCUAAUCUCAUCAUCGUAUCCCUUCCAUUCGGGCAGUAUUCUAACAGCAGCGGUCAACUUAGCCUCCUUGGUCAUGGGAUUAUUACACUACAAACCACAUAAAAAUUACAAACCAAACACUCCUCAUUUACCAUCAAUUCCACUCACCAAAUCUAUAGUCUUAGCUCUCUCCUUGGACGCGUCGUCGCACCAAGUCUCGCACCACAACCAUUCCUGCGGCAGCGAUUUGAUCGCCACCUGGUGGAUCAUGUUGUUCGGCAGGUCUUGGUCCAAGUUGGAAAGACUGUUGGGAUCUUGGCUGAGCGCUUGGUACUGGCCCCUCAGCCUAUCGCCGGCCGCUAUGCGGCGGAACCGCUUCAAAUCGACCACGUACAAAGCGGAUAUGUGGUACUUCCUGCCUUGGAGGUGGUUCCGCCAGUAGCCGCUCUUCCAGAAGCGGAACCCGUCCAUUUCCUUGCGCGACUCGCAGAACGGCGUGUAACCGUAGGGCGCGCCCCCUAGGUCGAGUUGUUGUAAUUCUUUCAA